GCGGGUCGGCACCAGCUGCGGGGCCCGGCCCGGCCCGCCCGCCGGCGGACACCAUGUUCUCCCUCAAGCCGCCCAAACCUACCUUCAAGUCGUACCUUCUGCCUCAGGCUGAAGAGAACAUAGCGUCAGAACCAAGGAUUAAAAAGCUGGAACCAGUGCUUUUGCCAGGUGAAAUCGUGGUAAAUGAAGUGAAUUUUGUAAGAAAGUGCAUUGCAACAGACACGAGCCAGUAUGACCUGUGGGGCAAGUUGGUUUGCACCAACUUCAAGAUUUCCUUCAUCACGGAUGACCCGAUGCCACUGCAGAAGUUCCAUUUUAAAAACCUCCUGCUCGGAGAACACGAUGUCCCGCUCACGUGCAUUGAGCAGAUUGUCACAGUGAAUGACACCAAGAGGAAGCAGAAGGUCCUGGGUCCCAACCAAAAACUUAAAUUUAAUCCAACGGAAUUAAUAAUUUAUUGCAAAGACUUCCGGAUUGUCAGAUUUCGUUUUGAUGAGGCAGGUCCCGAAAGUGCAAAAAAGGUGUGCCUUGCAAUAGCUCAUUAUUCUCAGCCAACAGAUCUUCAGCUUCUCUUUGCAUUUGAGUAUGUUGGGGAAAUGUAUCAUAGUCUAGCAAAGGUGAAUGGCAUAGACCCAGGAGGUGGUGGCGGUGGCAUCGGCAGUGCCAGUGCUCAGCAGACACCUUUGUUUGAAACCUACUCUGACUGGGACAGAGAAAUCAAAAGGACCGGUGCAUCCGAGUGGAGAGUGUGUUCAGUCAACGAGGGGUAUAUGAUUUCUACUUGCCUUCCAGAAUAUUUUGUGGUUCCAUCUUCCUUAGCAGAUCAAGACCUUAAACUAUACUCCUACUCUUUCAUUGGGAGGCGAAUGCCAUUAUGGUCCUGGAAUCACCCUAACGGGAGUGCCCUUGUAAGAAUGGCCAACAUUAAAGAUGUAUUGCAGCAACGAAGGAUUGAUCAAAGGAUUUGUAAUGCAAUAACUCGGAGCCAUCCCCUGAGAAGUGAUGUUUACAAAUCUGACCUGGACAAGUGUCUCCCCAACAUCCAGGAGGUCCAGGCUGCACACAUCAAACUCAAACAGCUCUGUGUCAAUGAGCCUUUUGAAGAAACCGAGGAGAAGUGGCUGUCCUCACUGGAGAAUACUCGCUGGUUAGAGUACAUUAGAUCAUUUCUUAGGCAUUCUGCAGAGCUUGUCUAUAUGAUGGAGUGCAAGCACGUCUCUGUAGUUCUGCAAGAGGAAGAGGGACGGGACCUGAGCUGUGUUGCUGCUUCUCUCAUCCAAGUCAUGCUGGAUCCCUAUUUUCGAACAAUUGUUGGAUUUCAAAGCUUAAUACAGAAGGAAUGGGUCAUGGCAGGAUAUCAGUUUUUAGAUAGGUGCAACCACUUAAAGAGAUCUGACAAAGAGUCUCCUUUGUUCCUGAUGUUUCUUGACUGCGUGUGGCAGCUGCUGGAGCAGUACCCAGCAGCCUUCGAGUUCUCCGAGGUGUACCUGACCCUGCUGCACGACAGCGCCCGCAUCUCACUCUUCGGCACCUUCCUCUUCAACUGCCCCCACCAGCGCGUGAAGGAGAGCACUGAAUUCGCUAUAAGCAAAAACAUUCAGCUGGGUGGUGAGAAAGGCCUCAGAUUCCCUUGUGUUUGGGACUGGUCUCUUCAGUUCUCCAGCCGGGACCGCCUGCUGUUCCACAACCCGCUGUACGUGGGGAAGAGCGCGCCGUGUGUGCACAACGGGGCCAUGAAAUCCUUCAAACGCUCCAAGAAAAACUACAGCUCCACAUUGCGAGGUGCUCCCCCAGCAUUAAAGAACGGGAUCAUUGGGGAGCAGGAGUUCCUUCCAAGGAGAAACUCUCUGAUACUAAAACUGAAGCCAGACCUUUUCCAGCCAGCAGAGAGCCCGAGCCACAGCAGGGAGCAGUUCUUCAGGGACUGGUUUGCAAAGCCUGUGGACCUGCAUGGCCUGAUCCUGCCCCACCUCUCUGCAACACAAAUCAAACUGUGGAAACUGUGCUACUUCCGCUGGGUUCCCGAGGCCCAGAUCAGCCACGGUGGCUCCGUCACUGCCUUCCACAGGGUGUCUGUGCUGGCAGAUGAAGUGGACAUGUUGAACCGGAACCUUCGGCACUACAAAAGCAACCCUUCCUUGCAAGGCCACUGCACAGAACUGGAUCAAAGCAGGAUGUACUUCAGAGCCAGUGGUUUCAAUGACACCUCGGGUGCCCCAGACUUUCUCUCCUCCUCAUUCCCCUUUUCUCCUGUAGGGAACCUCUGCAGACGGAGCAUUUUGGGAACACCGUUAAGCAAAUUUUUAAGUGGUGCCAAAAUCUGGCUGUCCACUGAGACGCUGGCAAAUGAAGACUGAGGUGGUGUGAUUUAAAGGUUUGGGGAGAAUACAGCAUAUCAUUUUGUCUUUUCUAAGUUAACACUGCUAAAUGCAGCAUUGAAAGCUGUAAUAAUUUUUAUAUACAAACCUUACAUAAGUUUUGCACAAAUAUUUAAAAGCAAGGCAAGUCAUGCUUCAAAUCGCACAAUUUUGUCUUCAGGAGUUCUCGUCUGCUGGGGCUUCUGGUCCCUAACUCCCACUGUCCUUUGGGGUUUGGCUCAUUACAUGCAACGGAGCGCUUCAUUAGCUAAUUGAGAGGCUUGGUGUGGUCAUUAAUGUGGGUUCUGCUUGAAAUAUCCUUUUUUCCCAGACAGUGACUUACAUGACCCUUUGAUAAAACAGCUUGGAAAGCCAAAGCAGUACAGUGGACAUGAAAUGACAGCUGAAAUCUGGGAACAUACUCUUUUGUCAGACAGCCUCUUCAGGAAGAAUACUUUCAUGCAUAGAUACAACACACUAAUGUUCUGUGACUUAUCACCCUACACAUCUGCUAAUGCAGUGUGUAUCCAUUAAAGGGGUUGUUCCUUUUUCUUUCUCUCCACAAAAUGUGUUCAUGAACAAUUAGUCAGAUUUGUGCUCUUUGUCAUGAGCUUGACUUCAGACUGUAGAAAUCCAGGUCAGGACAAUGCACUGUUAACCUUAAAACAUUUUACUGUAGAUAUGGUAUUGUAGUAGCUUUAGAAGUGCCUUUAAUUGGGAGGACACAGUGGCAAGAUUACUCUAAUGCAGCUGACAGCCCCCAACUUUUCACAAUAGAUUGUUGUGGCAAGUUCUUGUUCCAUCUCCUGCCUCCCCCUCUCAAUUUCUGGAAACAACAGGCAUCCAGAUGAGAUUCUCACUUUUUUAUAUAGGCAUCUCAAAUCCUCAGCAUUAUAUCCCUGCCCAGAUUCUCAUCCCUGCCAACCAUCUCGUUUUUUUGUAGGAUGAAGUAGCUUUCAGCAGAACUCCCCCCUGAGCCAAGCUGGGCUCCAGAAAGGAGAGCUCAGUCAGUGUUGGGAGC